UUUUUCCCUACCAACCACGCACUCUCUAACACGGCGGAUGCGUUCUGAAACGUCGCAACUAUAAUGCAAUAUUCUUCUCUAACAGUUUCUAUCAGAAAAAUAUCGCAGAAGAGGUUGUUUUCUUUAUUGACGAUGUCGCUCCUUCAGAAAUUCCAGGAGUCGAUGGAGAGCGUCUAUGGAAAGUUCUCCACUGUUACGGACGCUACAAAGUGGGAACCGCCGCCGAAAUCUGGAGGCCAUAGGGGCCGAUAUCUCUGGACAGAUGCCUUUGGCGUUCUCAAUUUCCUGACCCUUUAUAAAGAGUUGUCGUUAAGAGGAGAUAAGACUGCCGCUGACAACUCCUUGAUCUUUGCCCAGCGCCUCAUCACUACCGUCCACGAUGUCUUGGGUUACACUCGUGAUGGUCAUUCUCGACUCCCCGGCGCAACCCAUGAAGAACCCCUGAAAGGCGGUUUGCGGAUCGGGAAAGAAGACGAAACGGGGCCCGAUGGCGAUGGGCAGUAUUUUCAUUACCUCAGUAUGUGGAUGUUUACUCUCAACCGAAUGUCGAUAGCAACAGGGGAUCCUUCCUACAACAGGCAAGCAGUUUCACUCGCAAAGGCUAUCCAUCCAUAUUUCUUCCUCAACCGUACUUCGGACAGACCGCACAUGGUAUGGAAGGUCGCCAUGGAUUUGUCACGGCCACUUGUUGCAAGCGAAGGGAAUCUAGACCCGAUGGAUGGGUACGUGGUUUUCCGCCUCUUGCAGGCAUCUGCUAUGAAGUAUGGCGACGGAGAAAUUCUUAAGGAAGAGAUUGGCGAUUACAGGAAAGUGAUGGCUCGCAAAGGGGAUCAUUUUGUAACGAGGGAUCCUCUCGAUCUGGGAAUGACGCUUUGGACGGCUCACUGGUUCGCUGGUCGCGAAAGCUGGGCGGACCGCCUGGUAGAAAGAUGUUUUUUUCAGCUCCAUCGGCUAUUCGAUGACAAUCACUUCCUUGAGAUGAAUUUGCGGUGCCGUCUCGCAUUCAGGGAGUUUGGAAUUUGCCUUGGCAUAGGUUGUAUAACAUAUAGGGAGGCCAGCAACAAUGCAGAAGGAUUUUGCAAUCGAUCCGAGGAGAUAAUCACCCAGUGGGAGAAGCAUAUGUCGUCUUUGACUCCAGAAGACCUAAAACCGAUUACCAGGGUUAUGUAUUCAACCGCGUUGAUACCCGGGGCUUUCAAAUCUCGAUAUUUGGGUGAUGAGCCUAUGGAUCAAGUCUGAUGUAUGAUAUUGUGGGGGGGGAGGGGGAGACGGAAGUUUCAUAUCUUUACCCUUAAAAAAUGUGUAUUGAUAAGACCUAUAGUUAUUUCGACAACGAGUGAGUACCAAAGGGUCUCUAUCUCUUGCAUAGGUCAGAGGACGUAUAGUCUAAAACUCCGAAAAAUCAAAACGGUGCUCUAUUUACAGAUCAACCAAUAGUAAUUCCCCUGGGGCGUCACUUUUUAUCUACCGGGUAUACCAAUAAUGUUUCUCCACGGGGUAAGUGUUCGGGGAAGGAAGUAUACGACGUAUACCGUUCCAAUCGCGAGUAUCAAGCCCGUCACCUAGGUUAAAAUCAUUAGCCAUCUGAAAGCAAUACCGAGAAUUUGAUAGGUCAAGAGAGGAUUGAGUGUAUAUAUUACUUUCUCCAGCCAAGUAUGAAACCAGAUUGCUGUCAUGAGCAGCAUCCACCAGCUGAGGCCACCAACAGCCAAGGUGAAAUUCCGACCCCAUCUUUCAGACGAAGCCCUUUGCACAAUCUCA